AGACCCAGGCCGAGACCCAGAACACGAACAGCUGUGACGCAAAAGAAACAAUAACACAAGUCCACGAGUCCUUUCCUCAAGAUGCUGGACUUCUUUGCCGUCAUCACCAAGGGCGGCCUGGUGCUGUGGUACUUCCAGGAUGUGGCUCAGCAGCUCAAGACAUCCAUAGACGCCAUUAAUGCACUAAUUAGGAACGUAGUGCUUCAGGAACGGGGCGGCAUGGACAUAUACACGCAUGGGAACUUGGCCUUAAAACAACAGCUGGAUAACGAGUUUGACCUGUUGUUUGUGGCCGUGUACCAGAACAUACUACAGCUUUCCUAUGUGGACAAGUUUCUCUCCGACGUCCAGCGCGAGUUUCGGGAAAGAUAUAGGGAUGACUUGAAGGAGGGGCUCUACUACAAGAUUAUUGCUAGUGGCGACUUUCAGGAACACUACAAACGCAUCCUGCACAUAGCUGAGGCACAGACCCAGCUGGUGAAGGCGGAGGUGAAGAAGCCGCGCAGUUUCCACGAGUCAGCCAAAUCCACCAAGACUGUCAGCUCCAUGAUAGUGCGUGGUGGUGACCGGGAACAGCAGCGGCAGCAGCAGGCGGCGGCUAAGAAGGCGGCAAAAAAGGAAGGCAAAGCAAAGAGGAGGGACAUUGAGUGUAAUAAUAAUAGCAAGGAAACACGAGUAGAGGAGUUGGAACCUGAAGAGGAAGAGGAGGAGGAGGAAGAAGUGGCUGAGACCAAUGUGCUAGUGAAUGGUAGUGAAGUUGAACCAAGCAGUGCCAUAGAGGCGGAGAAGAAGGCUGAGGAUGAGCUUGACGAGGAAACCAUGAGGAGGAACCGUGAGAAACUGUUCAAUAAGCGAGCUGGACCCAAGACUCCCAAGGUUGACAAGGCUAAGAGUCCAAAGGCGAAGGGGAAGAAGGGCAAGGAAGCAACAGUGUGGGAUUUGUGUGGCCAAGAUUCCAAGAGUCUGGACUAUUCCUCUAAGAGUGGCAGUGGGAAUGCUACCCAGUCUUCCGUGCGUCCAGACUUCCUCCCACACCAGACACAAAUUGGUACUCUCUCUGGCAACCUCCGUGACAUGGACAUUCCUAAUGAGGAGGCCCAGAAGAAGUCAUCUCAAGGUGGUGUCUUCUCCAUGUUCCGAGGGCUGGUGGGAGGGAAGACUCUCACGGAUGCUGAUCUAGACCCAGUCCUGGAAAAACUGAAAGACCACCUCAUCGGGAAGAACGUGGCUGCAGAAAUUGCCGGGAAGCUUUGCCAGUCUGUUGGGAAGAAGUUAGAAGGAAAAGUGCUGGGAACCUUUGAGGGCAUCACCACCACUGUGCGGAACACCCUGACAGAGUCCCUGGUGCAGCUGCUGACCCCCAAGCGGCGCCUUGACAUCCUGCGUGACGUGGUGGAGGCCAAGAAGACAGACCGCCCCUACACCAUGGCUUUCUGUGGCGUGAACGGUGUCGGCAAGUCCACCAACCUAGCCAAGAUUACAUUCUGGCUGGUGGAGAAUGACUUCCGUGUGCUGAUUGCAGCAUGUGACACUUUCCGUGCUGGCGCUGUGGAGCAACUCCGCACUCACAUGCACCACCUCAAUGCUCUCCACCCACCAGAGAAGCACAAUGGCCAGGUUAUGGUGCAGCUCUUUGAACAGGGAUAUGGAAAAGAUGCUGCUGAGAUUGCCCGCCACGCCAUAGACUUCUCCCGCAAGAAUAGUUUUGAUGUUGUAUUGAUUGACACUGCUGGACGUAUGCAGGACAAUGAGCCACUCAUGAGAGCCCUGGCUAAGCUCAUUUUGGUGAAUGAACCGGACCUGACACUCUUCGUGGGGGAGGCGCUGGUUGGCAAUGAGGCUGUGGAUCAACUGGUCAAGUUCAACCGUGCCUUGGCCAACCAUUCCACCAGCAACAAUCCGCAGAUCAUUGAUGGCAUUCUCCUCACCAAGUUUGACACCAUUGAUGACAAGGUUGGAGCUGCCAUCUCUAUGACCUACAUCACAGGUCAGCCCAUUGUGUUUGUGGGCACCGGGCAGACCUAUACUGACCUGCGCAAGCUGGAUGCCAAGGCAGUGGUGCACGCCCUCAUGAAGUAGGAAACUUUUGGCUGUGACUGAAGUGUUCAAUAUUAACACUAUGUACUACUAUGUAUCUACUCUCUUUUCCCACUCAUGUUUUCCAAGAACUUUACUGUUAAGGCUAAUGAAGAAAUUAAGAGAAAACCUGCCAGUGUUUGUUCCACUAUAUCUCUUCUGGCACUGGAUAGUAAUGAUGAUCUUGCUGUGGUGUUUCUGUACCCCUGAGUCUCUCUCUGUGAGCUGCAUCCAGAAGCAUUGAUUAAAGUUCUCAGAAAAUGUUUAUGGGAAGCACCUUGCAAGUACAUGUGAAGCUGAUCCUUUCUUUCCUCAUUGUGCAUCUUAUCUCACUGUACUGUUCCUUCUCUACUCAUUGAAGAAGUGAUGUUGUCAUGAUCAUAAUGGUCAUGGCAAGCAUAAGGUGUAUUUGGUUUUUAUGUUGCACUCCAUUGCACUUAAAUUAAAGACAUUGGAGGAUGAUCGGUAGAAACUGAUUGGAUUUAUGAACUGUGCUGUAUAUGUAAUGUCAGUACAGAAUUAUUGAUAUGGAUUGGAACACCUGUAUCAUUGAAAUCAUCCCUUAAAUAAAAUCAUAUGAUAU